AUGCACCUGUUGCUGAGAAAUGUCGGACGAGCAAACGGGCCGUCGCCCGGGGGAGCGUGGAAUAGUAUACGUAUAUAUACAUCAGAUGGGUCGGGCGAGAAAAAGCCCACACACCCUCAGUGGAUUCCCUCACCUCCAAAACUUUUUGGCUGCGAAAGAAAAUUUCUGUCACGUCUGCGCGUCUGA